UGUUCACUGCNGGUGGAUGGGCCGGUGCUGAGCGUGGUGGCGAAGCGCAUCCGCGCCCUGCGCAAGAAGUACAACCGCAUCCUCCAGAUGGAGGAGGGCCUCGCCCAGGGCAAAACCCUAAACAAGGAGCAGGAGGAGGUGCUCCGCUCCAAGCCCCUCGUCGCCGCCCUCAUCGACGAGCUCGAAAAGCUCCGACAACCCCUCUCCGCCGCGCUCGCCGAGGAGCUCUCCCGCGCGCCCCCUCCACCCGCGGUCGAGGCCUCGACGGAGGAGGACGACGACGAGGGCGACGAGGGCGAGGGGAAGCCCUCGGAUCGGGCCGUGCAGGACCUGGUGACGAUGCUCUACUUCGGGUGCCUGUUCGACGUGAAGCCGCAGAGCGAGUUCGCGGCGACGAUGCUCACCAGGACGCACGAGCGCGGGUGCUGCCUCACGUACGACUACGUCACCGACGACGCCACCGAUCUGCUCGGGGAGAAGGAUCUGGACGCGAUCUCGGCGCUCGGCGCGCACGUGACCUCGCGCCCGGCCCGAUCCGGCGUCUCCCACAGGGACGCGCUCAAGGAGUGCGUCGAGCACGCCAGGCUCUGGCUCCGCAAAUCCGAUCGGCCCAUCCAUCCCGAUGCCCCCGUGACCUAUGCUGGAUUGAGGGAGAAGCUGGAUAAGAUCUUGUCAUCAGAUUAUUUCACCACGACGCCGGAGAUGAAGGCCCCAGUUGAUGUUGCCGCCGCGGUGGAGAACUUCGGCAGUGCAUCCCAUGUGCAGAUUCCGGAGAGCGCCACAGUACCGACACCAGCUGUUGAUGCCGAAGAUGGCCCGACCCAUGGUUUCGAUAAGGAUGAGAGAGAAGAUUUUCAAAACACGGAUGUUCAUUUGGAUCAUCAUUCUACUUUAGUAGAUGAAGCCCCGAAGAUGGGUGAGGUAGCGGAUUCGGUAAGUCCGUCUAGUGAUGAUGUUUCCUUGCCCCAGAAAGAGCACCAAACACUUGAACCCGAUGUAGAAGAACAGAACCAGGAAGAUGCAGAUCCAAAAGAUCAACAGUAUGUCCCUCGGAGGUCUUACCAGGGUCAGCGCCGCGGCAGUGGAAGCGGCGGGGGGCGCAGGGGCUAUCUGAAUGGACGUGGUGGUCGUGGAGGUCGAGGCGGAGGUGGUGGUAAUGGUUACCAGAAUGGCCGGAGCCAAUACUAUGAACCCGGAUACUAUUCGAGAAACUAUUAUAACCCUAGGGGGAGGGGAGGACGAUCUGGCGGUUCUUCCAUGUACAACAACAAUUAUGGAGGAGGGCCUCACGGUGGUCAUGCACCGCCUGCAAGUGUUCACUCGGGUGCUAAUUCUUAGCUUUCUAUUUGUGUUGCUACGGAAAGUUGCCUUGAUCUGAUGGAGGUAUGCAUUUUGUGACGCACUUCUUAUUUAAAAACAUACUAAUUCGGUGUGUCAUACACUGUUUGUCUGUCACAUGGGACUUUUAUAUAGGGCUCAAUCAAAUUUUAAUGAGGGGGUGGUUUUCGGAGAUC